AUGCAUUACCUACAGGUUCAGACUUUGGAGAGUGUCUUCGAGGUGGAGCGUCUGUCCGGAGAUGAAGGGAAGCAGAUCGUGGACUCGUACCUGCGAGCAUCGCAGCGAACGCUGACCUCCGAGCAGAGCGCUGCAGCGCUGCGGUGCUUCGAGUCCACGGGCUCUCCCCUGCACCUCCGGCUGAUCCUGUUGGCCGCCAAACGCUGGGCGUCCUUCACGCCACUCGCAGAGACACGCCUGGGCGCCAGCACGCAGGAAAUGAUGUCACAGAUCUUCCUGACGCUGGAGGAGAAACACGGGAAGGAGCUGGUGGGCGGGGCUUUAGGAUACAUCGCUUUGGCGAGGGAAGGUCUGCUGGAGGCUGAACUGCGUGACGUCAUGUCCCUGGAUGAUGACAUCAUCAGUGAGGUGUACAGGGACUCCCUCCCUCCAACGCCCUCGCUGAUCCGGCUGCCCCCCCUCCUCUGGGCGCGGCUCAGACGGGACCUCGAGGAUCUGCUGGAGGAACGCUGGACGGACGGGGUAGCAGCCAUCGCCUUCAACAGCCGGCGUCUGUCCGAGGCGGUUUCAGCUCGGUAUCUGACAUCAGAGCGCCGGGGGCGGAGCCUCAGGAUCCUGGCCGAGUACUUCCUGGGUCAGUGGUCGGGGAAACUGAAGCCUGUGGCUCUGCCGGGCCUGACGCUGCUCCUUGCUGACAGAAAGGUCCCACCCCAGCCGCUGUGGUUUGCUCCAGGAUUGGCCAAUGUCAGGAAGCUCCAAGAGCUGCCGUAUCACCUGCUGCACGCCGGUCUGUGGGUCGAGCUGCAACAAGAAGUCAUCGGCAGCGCUGAGUGGCUGUUCUGUAAGAUCCGGGUAUGCGGCAUGUCCAGUGUGAUCCAGGACCUGGACCAGUGCUCCCAGUACCUGGGCUGCAUCGAGACCAGUCUGCUCCGAGAUGCUCUGGUCCUCAUGGAACCCAGCCUGGACCUGUUAGACACUCACAUGGACAUGUCUCUGUUCUACACCGAGCUAUUGGCCAGACUCAGCUCCUUGGCCACGCCCUUCCCUUCUGUGAUUGGCCGGCUGUGCAGCCACUGUGAGGAGUGGUUACUGACGUGUCCCGAUCCGAGCCUUGUUCCCAAGUGCAGCUUCCUGCCGCCGCCAGGGGGGGCGCUGCAACACACACUGAGCGGGCUGCAGGGAGGUGUGCUCUGUGUGGAUGCCAGUGUGGAGGCGGAGCUUCUGGUUGCAGGUUCAGAUGAUGGCGUGGUGGCGGUCUGGAGCCUCGCUGACCAGCAGCUGCUACACUCGCUGCUGGGACACACUGGUGCGGUUUUGUCGGUCAAAGUGACGGGCAGCCCCGCCCACUGCCUCUCAUUGGCUGCUGACGGCUCUCUGAGGAGGUGGAGCCUGACGGAUGGCCAACAGCUGCUCUGCGUCCAGGAGGCGUUGCCUUUUGGCUCCGCCCCUUCCUCCGUACACCUCCACCUGUCUGAUCAGCUGAUCUUUGUUUACACCAGGACACAGGUAAAGGUGUGGAAGCUGGAGGGGGCGGAGCUCCUCAGCAGCAGCUGUAAUGAUGCUGACGGUGAUGGUGAUGAUGCUGACGGUGAUGAAGAUGGCGGCUCAGUGGUUCUGGGAGUCCUGGGGGAAUCUGUGGUUACUCUGUGUGCCUCUGGUCUGGUGAGGAUCUCUCACCCUGGUGGCGAGGCUCCGACCGUGGAGACCCGGCAGGAGAACUCCCAGAGACGACUCACCGUGGUGAAAUCGGUCACGUUACCACGGCGACGGAAAGUCUUUGUGGUUUCCAAAGCCGGAUUCCUCCAUCAGAUUUCCAAGACGGGAAAAUGGACCGCCAACACGUUUCCUCUGGUUCCUUCUUUGCUUUCAGUCACUGAAGAUGAAAAAAUACUGUUAGCAGGAAGUGAUCGGACGCUGAGCCUAUUUAACAUCGACAGAAACUCCGUGGACGGAUUCCUUGACCUUCAACACGACGACAGCGUUUUAUCGGCGUGCGUCUCCUCAGACAGCCGGCUGCUCGCCACCGGAGCUGCUGACCAACUCAUACGAAUCUGGUCGGUGACCACGGGCGCGUUGCUGGACACUCUGUGUGGUUCAGACACUCCCGUCUCGUCGGUCCUCCUUUACAACCGGUUCGUGGUCUCAGCCUCCACGCACGCCGCCAGCGUCCACGUGUGGAAUCUGAACUACGACACACGCCACAAACCCAACGCACACGUCCCGGCGGGCUGCGCCCACGUGGCCGUCACCAAGGACGCAGACCGCGUCUUCUACGUCCGACAGCAGAGCCAGACCGAGGUCAUCAGCUGGAACAACAACACAGGCUGUGUGUCUGAGCGGCUGCCCGUCUCGGCGGAGGUCAGCUGUCUGGCGUUGGCCCAGGACAAGCGGCUGCUGUUCUGCGGCCUCGCCAGCGGCACGGUGCUCAUCUACCCGCUGGCGUUGCCCCUGGAGACGCUGUGCAUCCCGCCGCCGGAGAGCCUGAGCGGCGUGCUGUGCGUGGCGGUGAGCGGCCGGGAGAAGCACGCGGCGGUGGCCUACGAGGACUCGGUGAGUCUGUUCCGGAUCACCAGCCGAGAGGGCUUCCCCUCGGUGGACGGGCCCCUGGACUCCUUCUCGCUCUCGCUGCUGCACGCACCGCCCGCCGCCAUGGCGCUGCUCUCGGACCGCCGGCUGCUGUACGGGACCCGCUGCGGCGAGGUGAAGAUGUACGACUUCGUCGGCGGCAGCAGCACCGGUCUGGAGCCUCACGGCAGCACGGUGACCUGCGUGGCGGUCGGUAACCACGGCAACCACGCCCUGGUGGGCUCAGAGGACGCCACGCAGAGGCUGUGGGCCCUGAACCCCCUGGUCCUCGAACACACCAUGGAGUACAAGGGUUUUCUCUUCGAGGGAGUCCUGUGUGCUGCGUUCUCCGACAACGACCAGUUCGUCUUCACGGGAUCUCAGGACAGAACAGUCAAGGUCUGGGAUGUCUCCUCAGGAGACCUGCUGUAUGUCCAGUACGUCUACUCCCCCGUGGUGCGCAUGGCGAGCUUCAGGAACGGCUUCGUGGCGCUGUCCCAGCAGGGCUAUGUCAUCAGAGAGGCGUUUCACUGCCCGGACCGCGUACGCCCGGACUACAACCCUCUGAGGAACGCCCGGGCCCAGUACCGGGUCACGUCCCGGGACAGGGGGAACCAGGAGGGCCAGCCGAGCUACGACUACCGGGACUUCAACCCGGCCCAGUUAGACCUGGACCGCAUGGGCGCGCUCAGAGACAAACCCUCAGCCACCUGUCGUAUACUGUAGGACAGAUAUAC